AGUUUGUUCAAACUUUCUGCUUCACACACACCAGCCCCCAUCGCCAGGCCACCGGUGUGUAGCAGUAAAUGUAAAGCUUUUCCGCCCAAUCCCAUAACUCCGAACGCAAUCGAAAUCCAAUCCUCUCCAAUUUCCUCUCUGCGCUCUCUCCUCCCACUCAAUUCCGCCGUCGACGACGACGAUCUCUCUCUCUUUGACAUGCCGCACCUCGUCCGGGAGAAUCUGUUCAUCGGCAACAUCACCGAUGCGGCGGAGGUCCUCCUCCAGAGCGGGACCUCCUCCGACAUCAGCCACGUCCUCUCCGUAUUGAGCUCCGCCUCCAUCUCUUUCUUCACCGAGUGGCGCUCCGGCGUCUCGAUCCCGGCCAAGGAGAUCAAGAAGGUCUACUUUAACCGCCGGCGAGACGGCCCGGCGGCCGCGGCUGAGGGCGAGGAGGAGGAUGGUUCCAAGCUCAUGUACUCGCUGGAGUACGCAGGGAAGGAAUUGAAGCUGGUGAGGAUGGCGGUGCCGAUUAGGGAUAUGGAGAGCGAGGAUUUGCUGGAUUAUUUGGAGCCUUGCUUGGAUUUCAUUGAUCGGAGUCGGAAGGAAGGCUCCGUUCUUGUUCACUGCUUUGCUGGUGUGUCCAGGAGUGCAGCUAUCAUUACAGCGUACUUGAUGAGACUUGAACAGCUCACUCUGGAAGAUGCUCUUGAAUCGCUAAGGGAAAGCUGUGAGUCUGUUUGCCCCAAUGAUGGCUUUCUAGAUCAGUUGAAAAUGUUUGAGGACAUGGGCUUCAAGGUUGAUCAUGGGAGUUCCAUAUACAAGCGCUUCCAUGUGAAAGUAUUAGGUGAGUCCUAUAACAGGGGAGAGAAGAUAGACAGCAAUCAGUUUGCUGCGGAUCCCAGUAUAGCUGUAGAAGUUCAGGCACAGACAGGAGCACCAGUAAAUGGAGAAAAAAAGCGCGUACAAGCAUAUCGUUGCAAAAAGUGCAGAAGGCUAGUUGCAUUAGAGGGUAAUGUUGUAGGUCAUGUUCCGGGAGAGGGCGAGUCAUCCUUCUCAUGGAACAAGCGAAGAAGUGGCAAUCCAUUUAGCAAGUCUGAUCAAACUGACUGUUCGUCUAUCUUUGUUGAGCCUUUACGGUGGAUGACAGCAGGUAUGCACAAUGCUUAUUCUCCUAAUAUCUAUUGCCUCCAGCUAACUAGUAGUUUGUGUUCAAUGUUUAGAAGCAUAUGACAAAUUAAUUGGUUAAGAAGAUCUAAAUAUUGUUUGAUCAACAACAUAUACUUCAUAUUUCUAAAACCAACAGUACACACCCCAUCUUUUGAUCUCUAUCCAGCUUUAAAACUCGGAUUAUGCAAUGAGGGCAUUCUUCAAACUAGUGGCCAAAACUUUUCUGGUGGUCUGAUAGUUUUAACUUUAGGGCACUCUUGAUGGUGAAAUGGUAGUUAUGAAUGUGGCCACUGUCUCGAGAAGAAUUUAAGGCACAUGCAACGACUUAGAGAUCAUCAAUAGAUAAGUUCAGGUUGUAAGGCAUAAUAAUAUAGUUAUGUCAGCGGCUUUAAGAUCAAGUACUAUCUGUUUAAUUGCUAGAACAUAUCAAACUGAGGAACCAUAACAUUAUAGUGUAGGACUUUUCCUUAUGUCCUUUUUCUUCCCUUUUCAAGUAAGGAUAGUGCUAGUGAGUUAUUGUUAUACCCUAUCCAGAUAGCUCCUUAUCUCAUCUAUGCAUCGCACAAUAGCUUUGUACACAUAUCUGGAAACUCUUUCAGAUAAGUAAUGGCCGUACCCCCACCUUUUGUUGUCCAGUUGAGGAUGGUGGAUUAGAAGGGAAGUUGUCAUGUGCGCACUGCGACGCUCGAUUAGGCUACUUCAAUUGGUCGGGCAUACAAUGCAGUUGCGGGAGCUGGGUCACCCCUGCUUUUCAGCUCCAGAAAGGCCGAGUCGACAUCAGUAGUGUCUAAUGCCUGCAGAUUCCAUUCCAUAUUCUGCUCUAUCUAUGAGGAGAAAAAAGAAAACCUUUUUGACAGUGGACAAAGAUCAGAAUUCCCCUCUCACUGGCGCAAGAGACCAUGGAACUUCUGAAGCCUGGUUUCUUUUUCAAGCUUGCUGCUUUCUUCCAGGCCGGUUGACGCCGCGAAUGCUCUGGAGCUGGAGAUAACAUACGUGUAUGUACAUAUACGUGGAGUUUCAAAACCAUGGUUAGCAUUUGGUCUUUUAGCCUAAUUAGCUGCAUACAGAAGCUUCAAAGUGUUCAUGCCUGUGUUGGCCUCUUCGACAUGACGAUAUCCCAUGAACAAACUUGUGUAAUAAUUUGUUUGACAGCGGAAGAAAGUUCGUUUUUUUUUACCUUUGCUUGACGCUUAAGUGCUUGCUUUCGAGGGUCGACUACUUGUGCGCAAUCACGUGUUGAUAUUGUUGAAUCAGUCUUCCUAUCGAAUUUUCUAUGAUAAAACCGGUCCGAUUUCAAUAGAAUAUCUAUACGGAUUGAGACUGACGUAUUCUUAUUU